ACGUGUUUGUAAUUCCGUGGAGCAUUUGUUGCUAAAGCAAUGGCAGCUGCUCCUGCUCUUGCUCUCUCUCUAAAUAAUUCGCCGAAUUCUCGUCUGCUUUUAGCUCCUUCAGUUUGGGUAAAUUCUUUGGUGGUUCCAAGGAUUUCAACAGUUUCUUCAUCUUCUUCAUCAGCAAAGAAAACCCAUCACUCGAAGCUCAAACACUCCCCAAAAGCUUCUUCUGAAGGAGUUCCUAGUGAGUUGAUUGAAGAUUCAAAAUUCGUUCCUCUAAAUGCUGAUGAUCUAAUAUAUGGUCCACCUGCUCUAUUAUUUUUGGGCUUUGAAGUGGAAGAAGCUGGGAAGAUACAACAGUUUCUGAAAGAGUUGGAUGCUGAAUUCCUCAAGGUUAUUUAUUGUACUGAAGACAUGAUUACUCGUUCACUCUGGGAAGCAAUGAAUACAAGCCAACCCAAUUUGGAAGCAUUGAAGAUUGUCAAGGGACUGCCACGAAUCUGUUUCUUAUCUGGUCUUAGUGGGGAGGAGAUGAUGGCGUUCAUUGAUUCUUUCACAGAAGCAGGACUAGGGCUGCCUGUUUUUGCAGCCCUUGUUCCCAACAGUGCUGAUAAACUGCUGGAGGAGUUGAUAGAAGAAAUUAUGGAGGACCAUGAAAUGCUAACUGCAAAGGAAAAGGAAAAGGCAUAGGCUAUGCAGAUUCGAUUGUUGGAAGAUUUGAGUUUUGUUUCUGUGCUUGAGAUUUGUAUUUAGUGUAAGUCAAAGAGAUGUGAAAAUAACUAGCAACUAUCAUCAUUAUAUCUUUGGAAACGUUUGGAAUUCAUAUAUUAGAAACUGCAAUCAUACAAUUACAAA